AUGUACAACCAGAACGGAAGAGAAAAUAAUACUGGUGCAGGUGGGGCCCCUACUGGGCAAAGUUAUGGAGCUGUUUACAACCAUGGAUCAUACAACUAUAACUAUGGACAAGGAAAAGUAAACAAUGAACAAAAGGGUUAUUACUAUGACACUCCAGGUACUGCUACAGCAGCUAAUGGUGGAUUGUACGAUGAAUAUUCACUAAAUGAAUUUUCUUCAACAAAGAUUAGACAUGGUUUCAUUAGAAAAGUAUAUUCGAUCUUAUCUAUCCAACUCCUUAUUACCUUUGGAUUUUCCAUAUUAGCAGUUUUACAUAAACCUUUUAACGCAUUUAUAAUUACCAACUAUACUUUGUUUUUUGUGUUGGGUAUAUUGUUAAGUUUACCUAUAAUGAUUACUUUAGCUUGUUCACCAUAUAUAGCCAGAAAAUACCCAACUAACUAUUUUCUAUUACUGUUAAUAACGAUCGGAAUGACAUUAAUUGUUACAUUAGCUAGUGCAAGAACAAAUUCAGAGAUUUUUUUUUAUGCAUUUGGAACAACGUCAGUUGUAGUUGUUGGGUUAACCAUUUUUGCUUUUCAAACUAAAUGGGAUUUCACUGGGUGGUACGUUUUUCUUUUUAUGGCAUUUUUAAUAUUAAUAGUCCUUGGUAUUGUAGGAAUUUUUGUCCGAAGUAAAAUUUUCAAUUUAGUUUUUGCAGGAAUUAGUGCUUUUCUUUUAUCCAUCUCAAUUAUUGUUGAUACCCAACUUAUUAUUGGAGGAAAACAUAAAAAAUAUGAAUUUUCAGUGGACGAUUAUAUUUUUGCUACGUUAGCCUUAUAUAUGGACAUUAUUAAUUUGUUUCUUUCCAUAUUAUCAAUUUUUUCAAAUACAGAAUGA